AUGGUUGCAGCCCGCAAAGAUGAGCGCAUCCCGAUUGCGAUCGUGGGAAUGGGAUGUCGCUUCCCAGGUGAUGCGACAUCGCCGUCCAAAUUCUGGGACCUCCUGAAAAAUGGAAGAGAUGUCUACUCCCCGGAUACGGAUCGGUGGGACUCGGACGCCUUUCACCACCCCAAUAGCAAAGAUCGCGUCAAUACUUUAGCCACGAAAGGAGGGCACUUCCUGAAGGAGGAUCCCUAUCUGUGGGACGCAUCCUUAUUCAAUAUCACAGCAGCCGAGGCCAUGUCUCUCGAUCCGAAGCAGCGUAUCAUGAUGGAAGUCGCGUACGAGGCGCUCGAGAACGCCGGCAUGCCCCUGCCAAAGGUCGCCGGCUCGUAG